UGUGCUCAUGGCAGAGCUUCAGUAAACACCGCGAGUGAUGUCGGGAUCGGCAGAUUCACGGACUUUCGCUUCAUUUCGAGUCGAAUAUGAUUGAUCUCAACGUUAUUUUAGGACAAGUCACACACAUGUUGAGAUUAAACCCCACUUUCGAUACUCAAAAAGAUGUUGUGUCAAGCAUUUUGGCGAAAGAGGACAGAGCGAAUAUAGGUGUUCUUGAGCCUCGCAUUCUGAGUGUGGAGAGAGAUGGAGGACUCGUGUACUCUUGGAGAGGGGCAACAGGAACUACAAGAAUCGGAAAAUAUGAUCCUUACAGUACAGAGAAUAAGCUCCUCUACACUUUUGACAAGCAAGUGUGUGUCAGCAGCUGCUCUUUAAAUAAAGAAGAAACACUCCUUGCGGUCAGUCUAUCUCAGUCCACACAGGGAGAAGGGCGCUUUAAACCAGUGUCAAAAUGUUUAACACUUCUCAUUGAAAUACACCCAAUCAACAACACAAAGGUCCUGAAAGCAGUGGAUUGCAAGGUCAAAGUGCAGUUUCUUUAUCCUAAGACAUGCCGGACCACCGUACUAGAGAGUCAUUUGCUGUUGGCGGCAGAAGAUGGCUAUGUUGAUCAGUACCACAUAGCUCUGACGAGGCAGGAGGGCUACAGGGUGGUAAUGCAGAAUCCUGAGCGUCUGAGCAGAGAGAGAGUGGCUGAGGAUUUCAGUUGGGUUCAGUGGGACUCGGACACUCAAAGACUCUUCUACCUCACUGCACGGGAUAAACACACACUGAAGUGUGUACAGUUUUUCCCCGAUCGCAACUUUGAGAUCAUGUUUGAGCUUCCAUUGGAGAUGCCUAAAAUUUCUUCUGCCACUUCUGUGAGGUUUGUUAACUUUGGGUACGAUCAUUAUCAGAACCUGAAGGAUGAGGGUCUCAGGUUAGAGGUGUUCACCAGCCCAACAGAGAGAACCAUGUGUGUAUGCUACAGCCAUCCGGUGCGCUGGCAUAAGGACGCCACAUACACUAUCGCAUUUGUGCACAGAGGUUGCAGUAAGACGUUCACUGUAUCUCUGGAGAAAGGCUCUGCACCUGCUAAUUUGCCAACCAUCCAUCCUAUCUUCAUUCAUCUGGAUUAUUAUAUAGUGGUGUACUUGGCUGGUCAUUUCCUGCACCUGAUCAACUGCAGACAACAAGACCUGCUCUGCUACAGUCUUUUCCUGUCAGGGGCAGAUGCUCAUAUUGAAGCACUGGGUUUGGGCAGUGAGGUUGUAAGUAUGUCUGGCAGCAGGCUCCUUGAUGCCCGAGCUGGCAGGAUGUACACCAUGGACCUUAACCCUGACUUCCUGCUUGAGCUUCUCAGUUCAGACAGGCCUGAAGCCCAGCAGCUCGCUGCCCUGCACUGCAUGCUGGUCUACCUGCAGCCAAAUCCUGUGAUAGAGCUCAAGAUUAUAAACUGGAUCAGUGAGAAUAUCAUGAGCUUUGAUGCUUUUGAUCAGAUUCAGGAGUUCAUUCUAGCUUCCCUUUACAGAAUAAGCUACCAGCAGUGUGUGAGCCUAGAUAAGUUAUUGCCAUACUCUUGUGUGCUUGAGAAAAAGGAGCUUCCUGUAGCUCUGACAGCAAUCCCUGGGGUGAAAUGCACCCCUGAACUGCUCUGUCAAGCAAUAAUCAAAGGGAAGGCUAAAAGCCUGCAGGGUUACUGGGAGGAGCUACAGCAUGUUUUGGAAAGGAUGAGGUACUUUGAGGCGGUCCCAAGCCCACGCUUCAGGACCACUCUGAUUAAGGAGGACUGGAUCAGAUUUCAGGCUGCUAUGAACAUGGAGAAGAAGAAAUCUCCCCGCUCUUAUCGCCAGAUUGAGGAAAACACAAAAAAAGUUCUGUCCAUGGUGGACACCUGGCGUUUAGAUAGGCGUGUAGUUCCACUGUUUCAGGAGGAAGACCAACAGCAGAGGGUGCUGGUGGGCCUGAUGGUGGACAAACUCCGAGAACACUUGAACAGACAUUUAUCACGAUUGGGGAAGAAAAAGAUUGAUUUGCUGGUGGUGAAUUAUGCUGCAAAGCUGCUGGAACUGGUCUGGCAUGUGCUGGAAUUGGUAUGGCAGAAGCUGAAGUUGGGCCCCUGGGUGCUCUGCAUUAAGCAGCAGGGUAGUUCAGAAGAGUGGGCAAUGUUUCAUGUGAUGUUUCGCAUUCUGGAAGCAACUAAAGGGCUCUGUCUCCCCCUCCCUCCAGGUUAUUCUACACUAUUAAGUGUCCUCGGAGUCCGUUGUCUCCCACGGCACACUUUUCUCCAGUAUGUGGACCAUGGCCUUCUUCAGCUCACAGAACCAUUUGUUUCGCGACUUAUGACAGGUUUAGAUAACAGUGAUUCUAAUGAGCAGCUGAAGUUCAGUAUUCUGAAAAGACUUCCAGAGCAUAUAGAGCAGAAAGUGAGCCAGCGGUGGGAUCACCCCACCACCUCUGCGUGCAUCUCCAGAGAAUACGUCAGGACUCUUUUGGACAAACACUCAGAGAGCAGGGACUCUGCACUGUUGGACUAUGGCAAGUCAAGUUUCUAUCCUGAUUUUCUGCCUCUAAACUACCUCGCCAAGAUUCUCUCGAACAGGGAAGAACAAGUUCUGAACCCUUUUGAAGAGCAGGAGAAUGUGGAUGUCAGGUUUGUGGAGGAGACGGCCUUAAAGCAGACUCUCAUCAAGCUGGGCUUCGAAGUCAAGUAAAAACAGCGCAGUACAAACCGAAAAAGAAAACAGACACAUGGGAAAUCAGGGGAAAAAUUGCCCCUGGCCAAAGUACAAAGCUUGGUUCAUUCAAGUUAUUGUAGUAAUGUAAAGAAAUAUCAGUUUUAGGGACAUCAUACUAAAAACUGAAGCCCAAAAUCAAGCUGUUGACCAAAGAUCAUUUUCUGGCUGUCAGUCUGCUCUUUAAAUAUCACAUUUUAGUACCCAUAUGGACACGUACUGACUCUACUGAUGCCAAUACGUAUGGGGAAUAUUAUGCACUUUUCUAUACACAUGCGAUGGAAGAGCACCAACAAAAGACGUAUAAAGGGAUUUUUUUUUCCAGAUGUUGUAUGGGGUCAAGUGGGUUCAUCUGUAAAUAUUUGACAAACAAAAAAUAAAAAAAUCAUAUAUUCUU